GCCAUAAGUCGGAAAUGGCUUGAAGGCACAAAGCAGACACACACACACACACACACAGUUUUAAAGGCAGCAAGGCUCUAUCACUCCAGCCCUCCUUUAAAAAGGUGUUCUUGUUGUUGUUCAAGUCUGGCUGUCAGUAAAUGAAUCUUGCAUGAUCUAGGUGUUUUAUUGUGCAGCAAGAGGGAUGGAAAGCAGUGAGUCGGGGUUGCAGUAGUAUUAAACAACGCUUCUGAGAGAUGGCUGUGCUGCAGUUGCUGCUUCCUAAAUGCUUGUCACUACAAACAAACUGCUUCUCUUUCUGUCUCUUUUUCUGUCCCCCUUCAAUGUUGGAGACCUCUUCCUCCUCUUUUAAUAAACUCUCUGCCUUGCUUUUCCUGGGCUACUGCUUUGUGGAUGUUGGCGGCUUCUUGUUGUGACAGGAGAAUGUGUGUGUGUCCUGGGCCCAGGAGGAUUGCAAUUCCAGUCAGAAGCUCCAGUUUGCCAUUGUUCUCUGAUGCCAUGCCAGCACCAACUCAGCUAUUGCUUCCAUUAAUUCGCAAUUGUGAGAUCAGCAGGAUAUACAAUACUGCGUGCUACUGUCACCAUAAACAUCUGUGUUGCUUGUCACCUCACUUGACUCACAGACACCUGAGAUAUGUGCCGCAGAAAAAGCUGGCAACACUCUGCAGACCAAAGGAGAACUUCAUUCAGUUUACUCAUGCAAGAAACUAUGCCUCUACUCCACAGAGAUUUUACCUUACACCUCCCCAGGUCAAUAGCAUCCUGAAGGCGAAUGAGUACAGUUUCAAAGUUCCAGAGUUUGAUGGUAAAAAUGUAAGCUCUGUGCUUGGUUUUGAUAGCAACCAGCUUCCUGCUAAUGCACCAAUAGAAGACCGAAGAAGUGCAGCCACUUGCUUACAAACAAGAGGAAUGCUUCUUGGUGUGUUUGAUGGCCAUGCAGGAUGUGCUUGUGCACAAGCUGUCAGUGAAAGACUGUUUUAUUAUAUAGCUGUUUCUCUGUUACCACAUGAGACUUUACUUGAAAUAGAAAAUGCUGUUGAGAGUGGUAGGGCCCUGUUGCCCAUCUUACAGUGGCACAAGCAUCCUAAUGACUAUUUUAGUAAAGAAGCCUCCAAAUUAUAUUUUAACAGCUUACGAACUUACUGGCAGGAGCUCAUAGACCUUAAUACUGGGGAGACAACUGAUGUAAAAGAGGCUUUAAUUAAUGCCUUUAAGAGGCUUGACAAUGACAUUUCUUUGGAAGCUCAAGUAGGAGAUCCAAAUUCUUUCCUCAAUUACUUGGUAUUGCGUGUAGCUUUUUCUGGUGCAACUGCCUGUGUGGCUCAUGUAGAUGGUGUUGAUUUGCAUGUUGCUAAUACUGGUGACAGCAGGGCCAUGCUUGGUGUCCAAGAAGAGGAUGGCUCUUGGUCUGCUGUUGCUCUGUCUUAUGAUCAUAACGCACAGAAUGAAAGUGAGAUUGAACGUCUGAAAACAGAACACCCAAAGUCAGAAGAAAAGAGUGUUGUGAAGCAGGAUCGGCUGUUAGGUUUACUGAUGCCUUUCAGAGCUUUUGGAGAUGUCAAAUUUAAAUGGAGCAUUGACCUUCAGAAGAGAGUGAUAGAGUCAGGCCCAGAUCAGCUCAAUGACAAUGAAUAUACAAAGUUUAUUCCACCAAAUUAUCAUUCUCCUCCAUACCUCACUGCUGAGCCAGAGGUUAUAUAUCACAAAAUAAGGCCUCAGGACAAAUUCCUGAUAUUGGCAACUGAUGGCUUGUGGGAAACAAUGCACAGGCAGGAUGUUGUUAGAAUUGUAGGUGAGUAUCUAACUGGUGUUCAUCAUCAAGAGCCAAUAGCUGUUGGAGGUUACAAAGUAACUCUGGGACAGAUGCAUGGUCUUUUAACAGAAAGGAGAGCUCGGGUCUCUUCAGCCUAUGAAGAUCAGAAUGCAGCAACACACUUGAUACGUCAUGCAGUGGGAAACAAUGAAUUUGGCACUGUUGAUCAUGAACGGCUAUCCAAGAUGCUCAGUCUUCCAGAAGAGUUGGCACGGAUGUACAGGGAUGAUAUCACAAUUAUAGUAGUACAAUUCAAUUCCCAUGUUGUAGGCGCAUGUCAGAAUGAAGAGUUCUAAAUUUUAAACUGGGGAACCAAAUUUUUAACCGAACAAAAUGGCCAGUACUGAAUGCAGGAUUGUAACAAUUAUAUUUGCUUGAUGUCUGGCCAUUGGAAUUAGAACUGGAGCAAAUAUAAUUUGCAUAAACCCAAGACAGGAGCCUGAGGGUUAUUGAGCGAAUUUAUUACUAGGAGAGCAGAACAACGUCAAACAACUUUGCACUAAACCAUUUCCUGAGACAGUGGCUUAUGAGGUGGGAUUAUCUGAUGGAAGUGAAAGCCUCAUAUGCAUCAGUAUGAUGUCCCGUAGAGCAAGAAUCCUGUGUAUGUUGCCAUAUGUACAUACCUGUUUAGGUAGCUGUCUAGUACCUAUGUUGAACAUUGGAUGGGGACUUGGUUGUUAAUGUAAAUUUCAACAGGGCUGAUGACUUUUGUAUUUAUGAAGUAACUGUGGUGUCUUCUCUUCAGAACCAGAAGGGAAGUUUUUAACAAGCUGGUAAAUGUUUUGGUAUAAAACCGGACUACUCUUUCUUGGGUAAUGCUAUCUCAGUUGAAACAUAUACCUAAAACUGCAAUGUUGAAGGUGUACAUCUAAGCCAUAAAAGUCACAAGCCUGGCCAAAAGAUUAGCAUAAUUUUUUUUGUAUCAGAUGUUUUGCACAGUUCAAAGCGCAAUAAAUGAUGGGGUGUUUAACUGGGGAGGAAGUACAAAAAUUCUUUAGGUUGCAUUAUGAAAUUGUAAUUCUACCUUUUCUGAAAUAUGAUGUGUAGUCUUCAAUCAGACUGUAUUGCAAAACAUUACACUUUUUGCAAGCAACAGUCCUGGCGUGUACCAAAUCUAUUUCUAGUCAUAAGUCUUUGGUCUUGUGUUAAAACUUGGCAGAAAGUUCUGACUUUGUAAGCUAGUGCAGUCAUAUAUGUUGUAGCUUGAAUUAAAGUUUGAUCUUGUGUUCUGGAUGUUUCAAAUAUAACAAAGUGAAAACAUUAUGUAGGACUCCAUCUAGUUUGGUUCCCAUGGUGACUACUGAAGAAAAUGUCAUAAGAUUUGUAAAUAGGUAAACUAAUGGAGAAGAGUAUGCAUGCUGUAUGCUUAAACCUCCUAUUGGCAUUGCUGUGGCAACUGUAAUAUGUCUUCUCUAAAUCUCACUAUUUGUGUGAACACUCAUUUAAACCUAAAAUCUAAAAUUGCAUGUCUCAUAUCACAGCUUAUAUCUCUACCGCAUAAAAUACAAUUUUAAAGUUGUCAGGCAAAAUAAAACACUUUCUUAGCUAUUACAGUUUUGAAUGUUCGUAAACAUCCGAAAUUGAAAAUUCCCCACAUUUCAAAUAAAGUUAAUUGCCUAGCCUGUUUUUAAAAUCUGUUGAAUUGGUAGCUGUAAUUCAAAUUUUGCUUAAUAUUUUUUAACUAUCUUUCAUCCAUUUGUGAAACGCAGGUGGAUAAAUCUUAACAUCUCUGUACUUCUCUGCAUAAAUACCAUAUAAGCAUUCCAGAUAAACACAAACACAUGUAAUCAGUUUUUGAGCUGACAAUUUCUAAAGAACAUGUUAGUGUUCUUGGUAUAUAUAUCACUGAGGAGUACUGUAUUACGCUUAUAGCACAUGCAUUUUUAGCACUAAUGCUCCCUUUGCUUUUCUGUACAUUAGAGGUCACACUUGUCUAAAUUAUUGAAAUGCAACUAUUGAAAAAUGGAUGAUUACACCAACAUCCUGGCAUAGGGUAUUCUUACUAUAUAAUAUAUCUAUUUCUCUAGAAAUACUACUCUGUUUUAAGCCCUGUAUGGAGCCUUAAGAAUGGUGGUCUUCCCUUUUUUUUGUCCAAGGAAAGUCAUAAUACUAUCUUUUGUCUAUACUUUACCAGCCACAUACGUGAAUUCUUAAUAUGUUUAUGACAUAACUGAGCAACUAUUGGUUAGGUCAGGUCCAUUUGCUUCUUUUUAUUUUUAUUUAGCUACCUAAAACAUCGAACUGUUACAUUAUUCAUGCUUCCUUGUUCAUUUUACUUGUGGGAUGUAUAGUACAUGUAAAUGUUUCAUUUUGGUAUGGCACUAGUCUUAACAAAUUGGGCCCUGAUCCUAUAUGUUCAAUGUUUCUGUAACUUUGGAAAAUGAAAGGUGAAUAUAAGCAGGAUUUAAAGGAAGACACACAAAAUAUGUAUGCAAGGAAAUGAAAUGUUUAUGAUAUUGUGGCUUUCUGAACAUCAAGUGAUCCAGUUUAAGAACAAGUUUCUUUUUGUAGACUUCAAUAAAAUUAUUACAAUACAA